AUGAUGCGAGUUCUUCUAGAAACCCAUCAAGUUGACUUCGCCAAAUCCGAUCGCGGAGGUAGAUCUCCCGUCAGCUGGGCGGCGAGCAGACCCGCCAAUGCGGUCAUUUUGACAUAUUUGCUGGACGAGCUCAACCUUGAGCCAGAUACUCUGGAUAGGCAAGGUCGGAGUCCAUUAUCCUAUAGCGCAGAAGUUUACUGCUACCGGAACAUCGAUGCCUUGCUACGGACGGGAAAAGUCAAUAUCAACUCAGUUGACAACGAAGGUCGGACUCCCCUCAUGAAGGCGACGCAACUCCAAUUUCGGGCGAAGGUCACAAAACGUAAUCCCUCCGAAAGAAAAUACAAAAUGCUGCGCGUCAGCUCGGCAAUUGCCACAUUGAGAUUAUUGGAUCACGCUCCCGAUGUCAAUCUUCAAGACGUCGAAGGGAAUACGGCCCUGAUAAAUGCAGCUCAAAACCGCGUGGUGGAGGGCGUUAGAGCGCUGAUAAGACACGGAGCAGAUGUCAACGUCCAAGACAUCCAUGGUCGCACAGCGCUAGCUCACGCGGCAGAAAAGUUAUGUUUCGAGUCCGUGGAAGCAUUACUCAAGGCGGGCGCAGACGCGAAUUUGUGCGAUGACGAAGGCAGAUCACCUCUCUGGUUGGCGACUGAGUCGAUGAAUCGUUUGCUCCCGAGAUACGAUAUUCAUGGUAAGAUGGAGAACAUGCGUGGUGUCGUUGGCCUUCUACAAUCUAGCAAAGGAGAAGAUGCCGGAUUAAAAUCUCAUGGAAGGGGUGAGGACUUGGUCAGGAACCAUGCUUAUGAAGAAGGAUUGAUCAAGGUUGUGUGA